AUGCGCUGCCUAUCCUCCGCCCUUCUCCUCUGCUGCCUGGGCCUCACCACCCUCGCCGCGCCCGCUCCGGCACCCAUCCCAUCACCCGAGCCCACCGCCAUCGCUCUCGGCCCUGCUGCCCUCGACCCCCGCGCCGCCGAAGUCGUCUCCGAUCCAAAGGAGCCGGGCAUCACCAAACGCGAGGCGCUCAUGCCCGCCAUCACUGCUCGUGCCGUCGAAGUCAACACCAAGCCCAACGCGCCGGAAAACAGCAAACGCGCGGCCGAUCCCAUGCCGACGGAUGGAGCAGGCGGCCCCGUGAGCAAACGCGAGGCUGAUCCCAUGCCGACGGAGGGAGCAGGCGGCCCCGUGAGCAAGCGCGCACCGGCGCCGCAGCCGUCGGACCCGAUCCCAGAGCCGUCGAAGCCCCCUCCGGGCGUGAGCAAGCGUGAGGCUGCGCCUGCGCCUGAGCCGACGGACCAGAAGGAGGGCCCGCCGGACGUGACCAAGCGCGAGGCUGCGCCUGCGCCUGAGCCGACGGAGGGGGGCAACGUGAGCAAGCGCGCCCCAGAGCCGCAGCCGUCGGACCCGAAUACCCCAAAGCCGUCGGACGCCCCGCCGAAGGCGAGCAAGCGUGAGGCUGCGCCUGCGCCCGAGCCGACGGAUCAGAAGGAGGGCCAGCCGGACAUGAGCAAGCGCGAGGCUGCGCCGCUGCCGCAGGCGACGGGGGGUUCGUCGUGA